UUCGUGGAAAAGCGGAAGCAAUUUAUUCUAGAUUCCAAGCAGCGAAACGCUCAAUACAACGGCUACUGCUUGGAUUCUAAACGUAUUCGCGAUUCGAGGGACAUAAAUCGAAAGAUGUUUUUUGAAGUCCCAGUCCCGAAGUGAAUUCAAAAUGCCUGUUUACCACGACGUGGAUGGACACGCUCGAUGGUAUGAUGAAUACGGUGAAAGCCGAUAUUCUUACUCUGAUUAUGACUAUUUUGAUAAUUCUGAUGAUGACUAUUUUGAUGAUAAUGAUGAUGGCUAUUUGGACUAUUAUGAGUGCCGUUCUUCAUCCCCACCGUCCAAGGCUUUGCCAACGCUGGUUGACAGCUGCUGCAAAAUUCUUUCUGCAAAUUUCCCCAUCAGUUAUGUACAAGACCAAUGGAAAACAGUCCCAGACGAGCUUCAGUUGAAAGUGAUCUCAAGUUCUUUCCCUGCAGAGUUUCCUGCUACUGUUGGAUCAUCAAGUUCAGAUUCUUCUAAUCGUGGUUAUUCCAUACCUACCAUCAUCCAAACAGGUUGUGAAAUAAGGGCUACCGUUAUGGACAACUAUGUGACCAUUCACUUUGAUCGUGGCAAGUUCACCUCUGUAGACUGUACAUGCAACUAUCAUAAGAACAGGGCCGAGGAUGAUCCCAUGAAUAGAUGGUGCGCCCAUGUUAGGGAAGCAGUUGCUAUGCGGAUCAAUUAUCCUGAAAAGAUUAAAUAUUACCUCAGUCCUAUAAACGAGUCACUUCAGAAACUUGACAGAAUGAAGCUCCUAAAGCUAACAGGCUCUCUUCUUAAUCGAUAUACCAACACUCCUGUUGUAGAUUCUGCUCAAGAGCAGCUCGAUCAGCUAUUGAACAAGAGCAAGAACAGCAAGGCUUUCAUCGAUGUUUCGGGUAACCCAAUUCCAUCAGCUAGUCCUUUUGUGGCUUGUUCUUCAAGCUCAUCAGGUUUUGAUUCUGUCACCCCUUUUUUGUCAUCCCUGUCGUCUAAAAGAUUCAAGAUGUAUCACGAUCUUAAAGACAAUUCGACAUCGUCUUUAAAACAGACGACAGUGAAAGAGGCUUGCGUCAGAUCGCUAGUGGACUGCUGCUGCAACGUCCUCUCUGCAAAUUUCUCGAUCAGUUAUGUACAAGACCAAUGGGAAACAGUCCCAGACGAGCUUCAGUUGAAAGUGAUCUCAAGUUCCUUCCCUGUAGAUAAAGAAAAAGUAAUGAAAAUUGCAAAUUUUUGUGACCCUUUUGAAGCUAGGUUCACACCUCAAAACAUGAAGCAAAUUGGUUGUCGACUAAGUGCAAAGGUUCUUGGUUUCUUUUUUGUGACCAUUUUCUUUGAUCGCCGCAAGAUCACUUCUGCCCACUGCUCAUGCCACUCACAGAGUCCUUGGUGCCAACAUGUGCAAGAUACAGCUCUUGAAAGGAUUCGCCAUCCCGAGAGAGCAACCUACCACCUACCAAUCACUGACUCACUUUAUCAAUUGAACAGAGAUGAACUUCUCAGGUUGGCAAGCAUGCUUUUGAAUUAUCCUGAUGAGAUCGAAAUGGUAGACAAUGCCUUUCAGGUGAUGGAUGAGCUGUUGAACAAGAAUGGCCAGCAUUGCCAUGCAGAAAUCAAUGUCAUGGAUGGGGUGCCAGACGCUACCGCAGGACCAGGUGUUGAUGAAGAAAGUCAUUGGGUGAUAUCUAAAGCAGAUAUCUCUCAAUUCUUCAUUGAAACCUACAGAUUAGUGAAACCCAUCAUUCCUGAAAUCAAAAUAUCUUCAAACACUCCUGCCAGCCCUUCAUACACUCAAGAAUCUCAAGAGCCCCAAGAGGAAACCCGCCAUUGCAAGAGACCUUUCAGAAUCAGUAGCCCUGUAAUAAAAGGCACCUGCACGGAGCAUUUCAGCAGCAGUCACUUCCUCCCUACGAAACUUUUGGAUACAGUCUAUAGUCUGCUCUAUGAAGACAUUGACGACGUACUCUUUAUCAUAACAAAGACCCUUGUUGAUCAUCUGGAAUAUAAUUAUGUGGCAAAAUGGUCAUGGAAGACAUACUUUCUGGAUCUACCCAUAACCUCGCUCGCUAUGUCGUUCACUGCUACUCCUUUCAGUUGUGGGACGCUGUGUGAUGAGCUGUCCAGACUUUGGCUGCUGGUUGUCCUCAAUCCCAAGAUGUCACACAGAAAGAAAGAAGUUCUGACUGGAUGGCUUGAGGAAUUGGAUUUGGAAAGUUAUUUCAGAUAUGACAACACUGAAUGCGAGGUCUGUAGUUUGCAGGGUCUUCAAGGAUAAGCAUCUUUUGCCUUGGAUCGGUGUUGAGAUCGCUCUUAACGUUUUACGGAAUGUGGAUUUGACAAGAGACGAGCUGAGAUGCAUAACAAACGAAGAUGUUCCCUUGGCUACUGUCUCGGCAGUUAAAAUGGUCCAGUUCAACCUCCAAAAA